AUGACCACCCUGUAUGCAUCGCAACCUGAAGCCAGUGAUACUAUGAUCAGCUGUCAUAGGUCGCCUGUACCUUCAUUGGUUCAGCGGCUAGAUGUAGCGAUCGGAAAUGGGGAUGUUUCUUCUGGAGCUUGCGGGAAACGCAGUAGGCGAAGUGUCAAAGGGGGGGCCGUUCCAGUGGGAGCCCGGCCGGGCCGCGGCGCCCAUCAUGUUGGCCGCCGGCACGCGAUAGCCCAAAACCAUACUCCCACUAUACUCUCACCACCAACGACUCUAUUUCCACCGAGUACUUUUGACGUCCUAUUCUGUGUGCUAUUAGCCAAAAUGAAGGUUGUAUAUAUUGUUUCGACUGCCCUUACCGGACUGGCGGCGGCGAUUCCACUCGUAGACAGCACGCCAAGCAAAACCCUAGAAAAGCGAGUAAGUAUUUACCUGUGGUUGACGACGAAUCUGAUUUAUCUGCCUGUGGUUGACGAGGAAUCCGAAUGCUGGCGGUAUGCUGAUAUAAGUGAUAAUUGUAGUGAUGCGGCGCGCGCUACGAUAGGCGUAUAG